AUGUCAAACACACCCGCCCCCACCGCCACACCCGCCCCCACCACCACUACCGGCGAUCAGCAUCCGCCUCCUCCGCCUCCGUCCCAUCCGCCCCUCGAGCAACUCCCCGGAGUCCAGUUCUGCGUCAACAGCCCACCACCCCUGUUGGAAUCAAUCUUGUUGGCUUUCCAGCAUUAUAUCCUCUCCCUUGGCUCAGCUGUCUUAAUCCCAACUUUGUUAGUUCCUCAAAUGGGUGGAAGUGAUAAAGACAAGGCAAAGGUAAUACAAACCUUAUUAUUUGUUUCUGGUGUGAACACUUUGAUGCAUUCCCUUUUCGGGACGAGGCUGCCUUCAGUCAUAGGGGGCUCCUACGCCUUCCUCAUCCCCGCGACUUCCAUCAUCCAGUCCAGGAGAUAUGCCACGUUGCAUCCACCCGAGCUGAGAUUUGUACUAACAAUGAGGGGAAUCCAAGGUGCUCUGAUCAUGAGUUCUUGCCUCCAAAUGGUAUUCGGAUUCACUGGCUUGUGGCGAAACAUAACAAGGCUGCUUACGCCUCUGUCCACCGCACCUCUGGUUACCUUCACGGGGCUCGGGCUCUACUAUCUUGGAUUCCCACAGAUAGCUAAAUGCUUUGAAGUAGGCAUACCAGAGCUUGUCUUAAUCCUUGUUAUCUCUCAGAUUCUCCCAAAAUACAUAAAGCUCAAGAGGCCAGUUUUGGACAGAUACUCUCUGCUCAUAUCCCUUGCAUUCGUGUGGAUCUACGCAGAGAUCCUAACAUUAAGCGGCGCAUUCAAUAAGACGAAGCAAUCUAGCUGUCGCACUGAUGGCUCCGGCCUCAUUAGCUCCGCGCCUUGGUUUUACGCGCCAUUUCCAUUUCAAUGGGGGCCUCCAACUUUCAACGGUGGAGAAACCUUUGCAGCGAUGAUCGCUUCAUUUGUAGCUCUCACUGAGUCAACUGGCUCGUUCAUUGCAGCAGCCAGGUACGGUAGUGCAACGCCUGUUCCCCCUUCAGUGAUCAGCCGAGGCGUCGGUUGGCUGGGGAUUGGAACUCUGCUCAAUGCCUUAUUUGGAAGCAUCACUUGCUCUACAGUAUCAGUGGAAAAUGUUGGCCUUUUAGCCCUCACAAAAGCAGGGAGCAGAAGAAUCAUUCAAUAUUCAUCCCUCUUCAUGAUCUUCUUCUCGAUUUUCGGGAAAUUUGGCGCCGUCUUUGCAUCAAUGCCCCUACCGAUCAUCGCAGCAUCCUACUGCAUCUUCCUAGGCUAUGUUUCAUCUGCAGGGUUAGGCUAUCUCCAGUUCUGCAAUCUCAAUAGUUUCCGGACAAAACUGAUACUCGGAUUCUCCUUCUUCGUUGGAAUCUCUCUGCCGCAGUAUUUCAGAGAGAAUCACGCGACCACGGGUACCGGCCCCCUCCACACCCCUGCACGAUGGUUCAAUGACAUGAUCUCUGUGAUGCUGAUGUCCCAUGCGACCGUGGCCGGGUUGGUGGCGCUUGUGCUCGACUGCAGCCUCGAUCGUAGCUCUCAGCAGGCGAGGAAAGACAACGGUUCCUUCUGGUGGGAUAAGUUCGUUGCGUAUGCCAAAGAUGUUAGGAAUAAUGAGUUCUAUAAAUUGCCUGGCAAACUCAAUUCAUGCUUCCCAUCUUUCUAAUUUUUGUUCAUGGUUUGUUUAGUCUUUAGAUGUUUUUCUAACUUGUCAUCUUUUGUUUA